CUAUAAACACACCGACUGGGGGACGACCAGGCGUUGUUGUCCGAAGAAAUGAUUCAAGAAAGUGAGCCAACAAAGGCCUUCACCAUGGAUUUAACAAGUUCUAAACUGAUUCCCAUUUGUGUAUAAAAUGAGAUGAACAUGACGAAGUGUGAACAAUGAGUAGGAACCUGUUCAGUCGGUACAGUGCUCCUAAAAAGAGUGUUAUAUCCCGCACUACAGAACGGGAAGUUGAGAGGGAGGCUAAGAAAUUAGAAGGGCUGGAAGAUACAACAAAAAAGUUGUACAAAGACAUGAAGAGAUGUAUAGAAUCUUGUACAGCCACAGCAAAAGCCGAAAGAAAAAUUCCCCGGGAUCUUCUUGCUAGUGCCCUCUGUCAGCAGGAUACAGAACUAAAAUCUUUGGUAGAAGAUUGGGACCAUGCUGCUGUACGAUUGGAGCAUCAUCAACAAGAACUUAAUUCCUGCUGUCAGAAAGUGGUGAUGGAACCUACUAAAAAAUUAAGCAGUAUUUUCCCGGGUGUUCAGGCCGCAAUAAAGAAGAGGCAGCAAAGUCUACAGGAGUAUAACAAAUGCCAGGCCAAAAUUGACAAAUACCAAGAGCGAGAGAGAACUGGGGGCAAUGUGGUUAAGAGAGAGACAAGUAAAAAAGUUUUACAAAAUGCUAAAGAAGAAUUUGAGACCCAGCACUCCACCCUAAUGGAAGAGAUGCCAAAGCUGUAUGAGGCCAGGACAGAUUACUUCCAGCCUAGUUUUGAGGCACUGGUGAGGUCACAGGUUUCCUAUCACGCAGAGGCUUUCAAGAUAUACAGUGAGCUCUCCCACCAAAUGACGGACAAAGAUGGCCUCUCAGAUGAAGAUUACAGCGCUGUGAUGCAACAAAAACUGACAGACAUCAAAGCCCUGUCAAUCACUGUUGAUUGAGAGAUGGAUGUGGCUUGUUUAUUAAUUGACAGUAUUUGAACACCAACAAAUCAUGCUUCCACAACCAGCCUUUGCUGGAAAGAAUCUUUCAAAUUGAUCCAAUAAUCCAUGACGAGUCUCACUUUCAUUUUAUAUUAUAGGAUGUGUUGCAGAUAUUGGGUAUGGCUUAAAAGUGAGAAUGGAAUGCUGAUCGUAUGCAGUGUAAAUGUUGUGAUCACCGUGACCACUAUGCCAGACUGUUUUUUAUGUGUUAAUCGCCAUUGGUGCUAGUUACGUGAAACUUUGAUACAAGCACGCCGAAUAAUGACAUUGUGGUCAUCAGCGUAGAACUUAGACUAAUGAUUGAUUUCUGACUGGCUUUCAGUGACAGUGCUAUAACACUUGACAUUAGGCUAUUGGAGACCAGUCCCUGUUCUACUCAGUUUUGUCUUCUGAACAAUUCCUUGUGACAUUUAUACUGGGUUGCACUCAGGAGCAAUGGAAACAUUUCUAAAAUGGUUGUGGUAGGAGAACAGUGAAAUAAAAAGAACGUCCAAGUGCCAUCAAAAAAUAUGGCUACUCUUUAACCCUCAUCUACCAGUAAUAAUGUCAGUAAAAGUUAGUAUUUAAUUGGGCCACAAAGGCAAAUCUGAAGUAUAGUACUGUCAGCCCAAUCAAAUUUAUCAUUGCUCGGAUAAACUAUCUAUGAUUCAUUGCACAGAGGUGGAAUUUAGUUUUUGAUUUCAUGACGGCGUUUAGUUAUAAUGUUAUAUACAUAGACACACGAAAACGACAACUGCCAUGACAGCAACUCCAUUUACAUCAUUUCUGCAAAAUAGCAUGGUGUCUCCCGCAUUCAUUAUUAUAAACGCUUGAGAUUAUUUUUAAAUAGUACCAUGGGCAGGCUCCAGAGGGUAUGUGUGUAUUAAAAUUGUGACAUUAUGAAUUUUUAUGUUUAUGUGACGUCAAAAUAUAAUAGAAUCUUUGUACUUGGUGGGUAAAUGAACGAUACUCGUGAACAUCGCAAUUUAUAACAAGUUAUAACAAAUUAUAAUGGUUAUAAGAUCGCAGGUAGAUUAUUAAUAUAAUGUGUAAACCCACGAGUGAGAAAAACCUGCUGUGUUUUGAUUUGUUUUUUCUUCGCCUGAUGAUUUUCGCAGUCUACUGGAUAGGCUACGAUACCUCGGGAAGAAU